AUGGCGGUUGACAGCUUGAGAAGCCCCACUCAGGUCUCUCAGGACAGCUCUUCAUUGAUACAUAAACCUCCACCUACACGUCGCCUACCUCCGCCGCCCACCCUUGCUGAGAAACUUAACAAAUUGAUUCAAGUUAACUUGGAUGGGAUGACAUGCAGAUGUCAUAUUUUUGAGACCACAUUUGCGACAAAUUACUUGGGAUCGGACUCCGGCACGGUUGCUGAGGCAAUUUUAUCUGCGGUGCUGACAUCAAUGGAGGAAGCUUUGAACAACUUCUUUCAUGAGUUGAAGAUCCUCCCUAUCUCCAAUGACACUUAUAAACAACAGAACCGGUGGAUCCGGAACUCGGUUGAGUUACGCAACAAAAUUUUGUCCUACCGGGCCCUGAGUCUUUACUGCAAUAUGGAAAAUGAAAAUUCUCCUUAUGCAGCAACCAACAGCAAGCCUGGCAAGAAGAAACUACGUACCCAAAUGCGGGUUGGCUUUGCAAGGGACACGUCGGAAGAGGCGGUACAGGACUAUCUUCACACUGGUCUCCGUUCCCAGGGUCGCGGUGCCGGAUGUUACCCUUCGCCGCUUCAAUAUGGGCACAUUGUUAAAGUGGGUUGCUUUGCCUUCAUUCCGCCGGAGGUUAACUUUGAAGCCUAUGCGAAAGAAAUCAUGCGUCACUUUGACUUCUCUAUCCCUAUUGGAAUCAAGAUGGAUUGGGUUUCCACACCUUACACAGGACGUGCUAAAUUCAACGAACGUUCCCCUGGUGUAACAAGUCCUCAUGGGUAUGCUUGCAAGAUUCAUGCCAAAAGAGUGGACCAAGAAUUAAGAAGCCUUCUUAAUCCAUCCACAGCAAAGCCAGACUUCCCCUUUGCUGCUCCGGCUACAUUUAUUAGUGAUUGGAAGUCUGCUCAACAGGGAUUGAUCAGUGUGAAGGCCUACAGUCCGGUCAAGGAUGCUACCCUCACCCUUAUUAGCAAACUACAUGAUUACUACAUCCUGACAGAGGUCCUGUAUUUGGUCAUGGAUCUUCCUGGGAUGUUCAAGUUCGCAACGACUACUAUGUUUGGCUCAUGCACCUUGUUUAAGCUUCUCCUGUUGAUCAAGGCAACCCCAGCUCAAGCCGACAAAGCUUCUCAUGCCCCCCAAUCAACAACUGAGGCUGAUGACUCAGACAAUGACUGUUCUGACGAUGAUCCCAAUGAAUCCUCUGGCUCUAAAGGCGGUCAAUUCACAGAAGUUUUGGUCUAA